AUGGCGGACGCGGCGAGUGCGGCCGCGAGCGUGACGGACAAGGCGGCGACCGAGGACCUGACGCCGUCCACGACCAUCCUGGACGGCAUGCGCGUGUACUUAGUGAUCGGCGCCGUCGGCUGGAUGGCCUUCGAGGUGGGGCGCGUCAAGCUGCAGCGCGCCUUCUACUGCCGCGAGGACAAGCCGGAGACCACCAACUCGACGGUUACGCGAGUGCGCCAGGCCAAAGUGUUUGGGUGGCUUAAGUUGCUCUUCUUCACCAGUGACGAUGAGAUUCUCGAGCAGUGCGGGAUGGACACGCUCUUCUUUCUGCGCUUUUUGCGCUUAUGCGAGAAGGUCACGUUCGUGGGCAUCUUGUGCUCGGCGGCGAACUUCCCCAUCUACUACUACGCCAAGCGCGACUCGCUGGACUCUCUCUAUCGGAUGACGCUGUCGCACCUGGACACGGACGAAAUGUGGCGCUUCUGGUUCACCGUGGUGACCAUGUACCUGGUGUCUCUAACCGCCUGCUUCCUGCUGUGGAAAGAGUACGAGGAGUACAUUCGCAGACGCCACGAGUUCAUGUCGAGGAAGCACACGCAACAGUAUACGGUAGUGCUAAACGGGUUACCCCCUAACCUGUGCACCCAGCAAACGCUGCGCAACUACUUAGAGUUGCUGUUUCCCAAGUCCGUGUUGCACGUGUAUGUUGCGCUGGAGUGUCGCGACCUGGAGAAGCUUGUUGCCGAGCGCGUUAAGGUGCGCAACAAACUGGAGCACGUUUUGGCUCAGAGUGCGAAAACCGGCGACCGGGUCAUGACCCGCGACAAGCUCCUCGGAGGCGAGCAAGUGGACGCUGUGGAGCUGUACCAAGAGCAGCUUAAGGAGCUAAACACGGCCGUGGAGAAGGAGGUGCGCUCCAUUUUGCGUAACCAGGCGGGAGUUGCCCGUCAAUUGGUGGAAUCCAGCGGCGACGACGAAACUUUCUCGCGAGGUUUUAACCAGAACUUCGACUCUGCCAGAAGUGUCAACUUUGUCUACAAGGAGGAGGAACUGGACGGAGACGCACUGGAAUCGAGGUACAUCAAGUCUCUAAAGCGACAGGACAAGAAGGCUCUGGGCAUUAUGCGUCCUGCAGGCUUCGUGACUUUCCGCAGCCUGAAAGCCGCCCAGUCCUGCACCCAGAUCCUGCAAAGUGCCGAUCCUACGCAGAUGCACGUGGAGGCCGCAGCCCACGCCGACGACGUGGUGUGGGAGAACAUCGGACUGUCGAAGAACAUCAAAGACACGUGGUUCUUGAUCUCGAUGGCUCUCAGCACGGCCAUCAUCCUGCUCUGGACGGUGCCCACGGGUCUCGUGGUGUCGUUCGCUAAGGUUUCCACCCUCGAGAAGCAGUGGGCGUGGCUGGGCCGAGUGAUCGAGGACAACCCGUGGGCCAAGUCGCUGCUGGAGCAGCUGUCCCCGUUGAUGCUGUCGGUCAUGACGGCGCUGGCUCCAAUCAUCUUCGGCAUUCUAUCCAAGCGAGAGGGCCACGCGUUUGCGUCUCAGGUGGACGCUUCGCUGCUGAACAAGCUGGUGAUUUACCAGAUCUACGUGACCUUCUUGCUGCCGAUUAUCGGUGGUACCGUCAUCGAUGCCGUCAUUGGGUCAAGCGACACGAACUUGACCGACGUGAGCGCCAUUCUCAAGCUUAUCAGCGACUCUGUGGCCGUGCAGUCGUCCUUCUUCAUCACGUAUCUAUUGGUCAAGACGGGACUCAACCUGACGCUAAUCUUGCUGCGCGUGACGCCCAUCGUCAAGGCCGCCAUCUACCAAGUGUUCGCGCCCAAGCUCACGCCUCGUGAACGCUCGUCGCCCUGGUUCGGCCUCACGUCGCUGGCCCACCCUGGAGACUUCGGCGCAUCCGACCAAGUGUCCGAGUACUACCUGGUGCUCAUGCUCGUGCUGGUGUUCUGUGCUAUCGCGCCGAUCCUCAACUACUUCGCUAUGCUGUACCUGGUGUUGUCGGACUUCGUCUACCGCUGGGCCGUCAUGUGCGUGCACGACCCGUCCACGCAGACCUCUGGCACGUUCUUUCCGUCGCUCUACCGCUUCAUUGUCGGCGCGCUCAUGUUCGCGCAGAUCAUCAUGGCGUCCGUGCUGGCCACCAAGCAGGUGGCUCUCCCCGCCACGUUCUCCAUCAUCCUGCCGUUCAUCACGCUCGCCUUCCAUCUGUUCGUGAACUCGCGCUACCCGCAGAUCGCGCUCAACCUGCCGCUGGACCAGGCCGUGAUGGUCGACUCGCGCCGCUCGCGCCAGAUGCAGGACCUGGAGCGCGUGCUCGAGGACAUGUACAUGCAGCCGGCCAUGCUGGAGCGCGGGCCGCUGGAGCCGGACUACCAAGGACUGUCGAGCGACCCGAACCCGGAAAACCAGCUCGCGUCACCGCCGCCUGUCGAGGUUUGUGCAUUGCGUGCAGAGUCUCGCAGUGGAGACUGUGUAAUGAGCAACGUCUGA